CCCCUCUUAAGUCGGGCGAUUAUCCUGUCAGCCACAGUCUUUUCAGAUAAAGUCAUGGAUUCAAAAAAAAUCCUAUGGGAAUAUUUCCAUCAUCUCCCAGACGGGCCACUUCGUACGCGUGCUUGCACGUUUUUGGAGUCCAUCCGUUGGGAUGAACUGAUAGCAUUCGCUGCUGCGCACGGACAGACUGGCUCAUUUCUACCACUUGUUGGGCUUGGUCACAAUCAUAUGGUUCGGAUCAUUGAAGCACCGGACGGCGCUCGAUGGCUUGCCAGGCUCGAAUUACCUCAUGUAUUGGGUAGGCAAUACUGCGACGACAUCCUUGUCAACAAGAGAAAUGCCGAAGUCAAUGUGGUCAGAUUAUUGCAGGACAGAACAGACAUACCUGUACCACACAUAUACGCUCUCGAUCUAUCCCCUGAUAACGUUGUCGGCGCUCCAUUCGUUAUUUUCGAGUGCCUGAGCGGCAACUCAGGAAUGGAUAUCCAGAUGACAAUUCCUCGCCAGCAUAUCGCGAAAGUCAUCCGGGAUCUUGCAAGGAUCCACGUUCAAUUGUCGCAGGUCAGACUCCCAAAGAUCGGCUCGAUCAUGCGGCUCCACGCCGACGGCACAGUUGAGCUGGGUCCGAUAGCUGGGGUUGGUGGCCCAUUCGACACCGCCUCCCAAUUUUUCAAAGCAUGGGCAGCUGCGACGCAGUUCCCGCGAUCAGCGGAAGACAUACAACGGGCUUCAGGUGAUUACGCAAAACGCAUUCUCGAUUCCGUCUCAACUUUCCCCCAGUCUAUCUCUGAGAUUUCCGGCAUUUCAGUCAGAGACUCUGGGCCGUUCCCGCUCUGGAAUCGCGAUUGGGGUUGGAACAAUACGAUCUUUGACGACGAUCUAAACCUGCUGGGGGCAAUUGACUGGGAGUUUACUAUCAGUGCUCCGUGGGAACUUUCUGCGCAGUUUCCACAUGGCAUUAGCACAGUGCCCUCGUCGAUAGAUGCACCUUCCAAUUACAAUGACGAUGGCUCUCCUAAAGAUGCCGAGCUGCGACAAACGCUCGAAGAUCAGAAGGCAUAUCUCCGCGCCAUUAGGGAGGCGGAAAUUCACAUCGGGACGGAUCAACUCUUGUCGCAAGCUCUUUGCGACAGAAACAGACAUGAUGUAGCACGCGCAAUGGGUCUUUUCGAGGAUGGAAAGCUUGGUCUUUAUUCAGAGGUCAUCAAACAAUACGGGUCUUCCUAGUGUAUUACCAUACGAUUGACAGUAAAUGACCAACACCUAUGAU